UCCCUACUUGCGUUGGGCAUUACUUUACCUCACCGCUCACUUCACACACAAACACACACACACACACAGACCAGCCUGGACACACACAGACUUCCACCCAACACACAUUGACCGGCUCGGAUCCACGUGAAGGCAGGGAUACGACUGGAUUAUAGCUCUGAUCAUUUCAUCCCACGCUCCAUAGCCCACCUGUCCAGCUGUUUCACUGUGAGGAUCCGCCAGCUGUGAAACACCUGUCCCAUCAGCGCUCCAUCUCAUCUACCCAGCGCCUUCUUUUACAAUUCUUUCUUUCUCUCUCUUUCUAUCAUAGCUCCUCUCCUCCUUUCCUCUGCUGUACAUUCUCUCUCGCUCUCUCGCUCUCUCUCGCUCUCUCUUUUUUUUUCUCUCUCUCUCUCUCUGCUUUUUUUUUUGUCCCGCUCGGCCCAUGACCACAGUGCUGCCUCCAUGGCUUUCUCAUCCCGCUUUUCAUUCUGGGAAAAAAAGGUUAAAGACGAAAACACGCCAAGCCCCAAAAACCCAAGUUCAGACAGUGAGUGCAGCAUGAGUGCUCAGUCUCCCGCUGUGGUGGACGGAGCGGGUGGUGGAGCUUGUCGUGAUCCACCAGCCUCUCGCAGGGUUUCCGAUCCUCCUGCAGAGCCGAGAAGCAAUAGCAGCAUCAGUGGCCCAAGCCAAGCACGCAGGGUGGUGAGUAGGGUCAAAGAGGAACCGCCACCUACCCCUGUGCCCAACAAACCUGCCUCUACUUCCACCUCGGUGCCCAAAUCCAGUAAACCCCCUACUGUAGCUUCUCAUGAUGAUGAUAUCUCUAUGGGGCUCACCAGUCUUAUGGGGCGUGGGAGGACCAGAGAGCACCGUGCUCGGUCAAGAGCUGGAAAGGAGGCUAAAGAGAGUGACGGAAGUCCAAAACCAGCGGAGGAGACAAAACAAGAAGCCCCUGAUAACACAUCCUCUCCUCCUUGUAUUGUGACUAAAUCCGACACCACUCCUACUGUGGCCUGUGGUUCUGCCCCUAAACCAGAUCCUGUCAACUCAUCCACUGAGUCUGUCCCUAAAGCUAAACCAGACCCAUUAGCUCCACCUCCUGGUUUUAUCCCAGCCCCUAAACCCAACCCGCUUGCCCCACCUUCUGGCUUCAGCCCACCUCCUAAGCCAGACCCCCUAGCACCACCUGUUGGGUUUGUGCCUGCCCUGAAGCGAGACCCUUUUGCCCCCGUGUCAGGGUUUAUCCCCAGGGCCAAAGUGGAUCCUCUGGCACCCCCUGCAGGUUUUAUUCCUGUUCAGCGACCUGCUGCGGUCCGGAAACCUGAGGUAAAAGGAGCAUCUCGGUCUCCUGCACCAGCUGGGAAGCCUAUCUCUGGGGCCACUGCUGUCGGCCAACAGCUGCAGAAAUCUCUGCUGGUCCCCACCGAGGAGAAUCACAAGCGUCUGGAGAAGGUCCUCACUGUGGACAAACCCGAAGACCCCGUGGCUGUCCUGCAGGUGGCCCACGCCGCUUCUCUACCGCCCAAGGUGAAGACCGAGGAGCAGAUCGCUGCAGAACGAGCCUGGUUCGGCACAGAGAAAGUAUGGCUGGUUCACAAAGACGGCUUUUCUUUAGCGACCCGGCUGAAGUCAGAGGACGGAAGCGUUCCAGAGGGGAAAGUGAAGAUCCGACUGGAACACGAUGGGACGAUUCUGGAUGUGGACGAGGACGAUGUUGAAAAGGCGAACCCUCCGUCGUCUGACCGCGUGGAGGAUCUGUCUUCGCUGCUCUACCUGAACGAGUCCAGCAUCAUGCACUCGCUGCGACAGCGCUACGGAGGAAACCUCAUCCACACGUACGCCGGGCCGAACAUAGUGGUCAUCAACCCCGUCAGUGCGCCGUCCAUUUACUCGGAGAAGGUGAUGCACAUGUUUAAAGGCUGCCGCAAAGAAGACACGGCCCCUCAUAUUUACGGCGUGGCCCAGGCUGCGUACCGGAAACUUCUGACAACUCGCCAGGACCAGUCCAUCGUACUGCUGGGUAAAAGCGGCAGUGGAAAAACCACCAACUGCCAACACCUGGUACAAUACCUGGUGACCAUCGCAGGCAGCAACAGCAAGGUGUACUCAGCUGAGAAGUGGCAGGCUGUCUACACCAUCCUCGAGGCGUUUGGGAACUGUAGUACCUCCAUGAACGGGAACGCCAGCCGCUUCUCCCACAUCGUCUCUCUGGACUUUGACCAGGCCGGCCAGGUGGCUUCCGCUUCAACCCAGACCAUGUUGCUGGAGAAGUCGAGAGUGACGCGGUUCCCGGACGCUGAAUCCACAUUCAACGUUUUCUAUUACGUGAUGGCAGGAGCUGACAGUUCUCUCAAAACCGAGCUGCACUUCAACCACUUUGCAGAGAACAGUGCCUUCGGGAUCCUGCCUCACUCCAAGCCUGAAGAGAAACAAAAGGCCGCUCAGCAGUUCGCUAAACUCCAGGCUGCAAUGAAGGUGUUGAGCAUUUCUGCAGAAGAACAGAGAACCUUCUGGCUGCUCCUGGGCACCAUCUACCAUCUAGGAGCCGCAGGAGCCACCAAAGAGUCAGAUGAAGCCGGCCGCAAGCAGUUUGCCAGACACGAAUGGGCUCAGAAAGCGGCGUAUCUCCUGGGCUGCACUCUGGAAGAGCUCUCGUCGUCCAUCUUCAGACCCCAGGCCAAGGGAACGCUGCCACGAACCUCCAGCAUCCGCCAGGGGGCCGAGGACUCCGGAGAUAGCUCAGGUUCAAAGGCCACGGCAAUGGAGUGUUUGGAGGCCAUGGCUACCAGUUUAUACUCGGAGAUCUUCACCCUCCUGAUCUCCCUCAUCAACAGAGCUCUGAAGUCCACGCAGAAGCACUCGUUGUGUUCCGUGCUGAUCGUAGACACUCCAGGCUCCCAGAAUCCUCGGCAGGCCAAGAGCGAGAGAGGUGCUACCUUCGAGGAGCUCUGUCACAACUACGCUCAAGAGCGACUGCAGGCACUAUUCCACGAGCGCACAUUUGUGCAAGAGCUGGAUCGCUACAAGGAGGAAAACAUCGAGCUGGCGUUAGACGACAUGGAGCCGAGUCCGUCGCUGUCCGUCGCCGCUGUAGACCAGGCGUCCACUCAGGCCUUGGUGAGGACGCCAUCAAGGACAGAUGAAGCGAGGGGGCUGUUCUGGCUGAUGGAAGAGGAGACGCUGCACCCAUCGGGAUCAGAGGACACACUACUGGAGAGACUCUUUAGCUACUACGGCCCUGCAGAAGGAGAGAGCAAAGGCCACACGCUGCUGCUGAAAAGCGAGCGGCCGCAUCACUUCCUGCUCGCCCACAGCCAUGGCACAGACUGGGUGGAGUACGACGCCCGCGGUUGGCUGAACCAGGCCAAGCAAAACCCCGCCUGCCAGAAUGCAGUGAACCUCCUACAGAAUUCACAAAAGAAGAACAUCAGUGCCUUGUUUAUGGGCCGCUCGAGCAGCGCGACGGUGCUGUCCGGCUCCAUCGCCGGGCUGGAGGGCGGCUCUCGGCUCGCUCUGCGCCGUGCCACCAGCAUGAGGAAGACCUUCACCACCGGCAUGGCUGGCGUGAAGAAGAAAUCCCUCUGCAUCCAGAUCAAGCUCCAAGUGGAUGCACUGCUGGACACGGUCAGGAGGUCGAGGGUUCACUUUGUGCACUGCCUGCUGCCUAAGACAGAUGCUUUACGGAGCUCCGGCUCUGCCGAGCUCCAGGGUGAGAGCUGUGAUCCAGGCCUCAUGCAGCUGGACGUGUCCUUACUGAGAGCUCAGGUCCGGGGCUCGAAACUGCUGGACGCUCUCCGCAUCUACAGACAAGGUUAUCCAGACCACAUGGUGUUCUCCGAGUUCCGGCGUCGCUUCGACGUCCUGGCUCCACACCUGACCAAAAAGCUUGGCCGUAACUACAUCGUAAAGGAUGAGAAAAGGGCCGUCGAGGAGCUGCUGGAGAGUCUGGACCUGGAGAAGAGCGGCUAUCACAUGGGCUUGAGCAGGGUGUUUUUCCGAGCGGGAACUUUGGCUAAAUUAGAGGAGCAGAGAGAUGAGCAGACCAAACGCAACAUCACGUUGUUCCAGGCUACGUGCCGGGGUUACCUGUCCCGCCAGGCCUUCAAGAAGAGGAAGGUCCAGGACCUAGCGAUCCGUUGCAUCCAAAAGAACAUCCAGAAGAACCGGGGUGUGAAGCACUGGCCCUGGUGGAAGCUCUUCACCAACGUGCGUCCUCUCAUCGAGGUCCAGCUCAGCGAGGACCAGAUCCGAGGAAAAGAUGAGGAGAUCCAGCAACUGAAAGCGAAGCUUGAGAAGGUGGAGAAGGAGAGGAACGAGCUCCGGCUGAACACGGAUCGGCUGGAGAGCAAAAUCACAGAGCUGUCCACGGAGCUCUCGGAUGAGAGGAACACCAGCGAGUCGGCGUCCCAGCUGUUAGAGACGGAGACGGCAGAAAGGCUGCGUCUGGAGAAGGAAAUGAAGGAGCAGCAGACAAAGUUUGAGGAAAUGAAAAAGCAGAUGGGAAGCAUGGAGGUGGAGGUGAUGGAGGCGCGGCUCCUCAGAGCGACGGAGCUUAACGGAGAGAUGGACGACGACGAUAUCACUGGUGGCGAGUGGAAGCUGAAGUACGACCGAGCUGUCCGAGAAAUAGACUUCACCAAGAAGAAAUUACAGCAGGAGUUUGAAGACAAGUUUGAGGCAGAGCAGCAGAACAAGAGGCAUUUGGAGAGAAAGUUCGCCGACCUGCAGGCGGAUCAGGAGGAGACUCAGCGCUCUCUACAGCAGGCGAAGAAGAAAUGCCAGAGAUUAGUGGCCGAGCUCCAGGACACCAAACUGCACCUGGAGAACCAGCAGAGCCGCAACCACGAGCUGGAGAAGAAGCAGAGGAAGUUUGAUAUGGAGCAGAACCAGACUCAGGAUGAGGUGCAGAGAGAGCGGGCACAGCGGGAGAAACUGGGCAGAGAAAAGGAUGUGCUGACUGGAGAAGUGUUUACAAUCAGACAGCAACUGCAGGACAAGGAGCUGGAGCUGUGUGGGAUGAAGGUAAAGCUGGAGCAGCUGGAGGCCGAGCUACAGGAUCUCUCCUCUCAGGAGUCGAAGGACGAGGCAUCGCUGGCCAAGCUGAAAAAGCAGCUACGUGACCUUGAGGCAAAGGUCAAAGAUCAGGAAGAGGAGCUGGAUGAACAGGCUGGAACCAUCCAGAUGCUGGAGCAGGCUAAGCUGCGUCUGGAGAUGGAGAUGGAGAGGCAGCGGCAAAUGCAUUCAAAGGAGCUUGAGAGCAAAGAUGAAGAGGUAGAGGAGAUCAGACAGUCAUGUAGUAAGAAGCUGAAACAGCUGGAAAUGCAGUUGGAGGAGGAGUAUGAUGAUAAGCAGAAGGUUGUGAGAGAGCGGAGAGAGCUGGAGAGCAAACUGCUGAACGCUCAGGACCAGGUGAGCCACAGGGACGUGGAACUGGAGAAGCGUCUGAAGAAAGAUCUGAAGCGCACCAAGGCCUUGCUGGUUGAUGCUCAGCUCAUGCUCGAUCACCUGAAGAGCAACGCGCCGAGCAAGAGAGAGAUCUCGCAGCUCAAGAACCAGCUGGAAGAGUCAGAGUUCACCUGUGCUGCAGCUGUGAAAGCUCGCAAGUCCAUGGAGCUGGAGAUCGAGGACCUGCACGUCCAGAUGGAGGACAUCUCCAAGGCCAAGAUGUCUCUGGAGGAACAGAUCAGCAGACUGCAGAGAGAAAAGAACGACCUGCAGUCGCGUCUGGAGGAGGACCAGGAGGACAUGAACGAGCUGAUGAAGAAGCAGAAGGCAGCUGUGGCCCAGUCGAUGAGGGACUUGGCUCAGAUCAGCGACCUGCAGACUCAGCUGGAGGAGGCCGCAAAGGAGAAGCAGGAGAUUCAAGAUAAGCUCCAGUCAGUGCAGAGCCAGCUGGAGUUCCAGGAGCAGUCAAUGGUGGAGAAGUCUCUGGUCAGCAGGCAGGAAGCCAAGAUUCGCGAGCUGGAGACCAAGCUGGAGUUCGAGCGCUCCCAGAUCAAACGCCUGGAGGCCCUGGUGACGCGGCUGAAGGAGAACAUCGAGAAGAUGACCGAGGAGAGGGACCAGCGCUCGGCUGGCGAGAACCGUGAGAAAGAGCAGAACAAGCGCAUGCAGCGGCAGAUCCGCGACAUCAAGGAGGAGAUGACCGAGCUGGCCAAAAAGGAGGCUGAGGCCAGCCGCAAAAAGCACGAACUGGAAAUGGACAUCGAGAGCCUGGAAGCAGCCAAUCAGAGCCUGCAGGCGGACCUCAAGCUGGCCUUUAAGAGGAUCGGCGAUCUACAAGCAGCCAUCGAGGACGAGAUGGAGAGCGACGACAAUGAUGACCUCAUCAAUAGUUUGCAAGACAUGGUGACAAAGUAUCAGAAAAGGAAGAACAAAAACGGAGAGGACUCCGAUGUGGACUCUGAAGUGGAGGACCGCGUGGACGGGGUGAAGUCCUGGUUCUCAAAAAAUAAGGGCUCCGCCAAGACCCUAUCGGACGAUGGCGACUUAAAGGCCCCAAGCCUCAAAUAUCCUAAUGCAGCCAAUGCUGACGUAAAAGACAUAAAAGAAGGGAAGGAAGGUAAAGAAGGUCAGGAUGUGAAAGAAGGGUGUAAAGAUGCUGAGCUUAGUAGAUCGGUGUCAGUGAUGAGCUCGCUUAGCUACAGGAAGCGUUCCAACCUGAAGGACUCCAUUGGAGGCACUGGGGACGAGAGCUCCCUUUUCAGUACCCUAAAAGAGCAACCAGACACCCCGGACCGCUCGUCACUCCGCAAAGCUAAGAACAAGUCCAAUGAGAAAGCCGGAGAUGAUCUAGAUGACCGGGGCUCUGUCAUCUCUCAAGCUUACUCUGAAGCCACCAGCAGAGCCAGGAAAGGUCUGGAACGGCGGUGGACCAAGAGCAGCCCAGACAUCGACAAGGAGUCUGUCGUGUCUUCGGUGGCACCUAGCAGAACUUCCUUGCGCCGUGGCCUGGACAAUGAUGCUAGGUCCACAGUAAGUGGCUACAGUGUGCGCCGAAACACGUCAUGGAUGGACGAUAGCCGAAGCGACUGCGGGUCUGCAGUGAGUCCAGGCUUAAGUCGCCGUUCAGGAGGACGAAGCCCUGGGAGCAUCAGCCUCAGCUCCCGGACCUCGUUGGCACGCAGCAGCCGGCUUAGCGAAUUCGGCGUUAACCUGGCAGCCAACGAUGAUGCUAUGAGCGUGGCCUUUAGUGAAGGUGGAAUCUCAUCCUAUAGUACUCGCUCUCUAGCCCGAAGCCUUUCCAGCCCGGCCCAGAGCCGCUCCACCGGGGGUGAAGCACUCGCUGACACAGAUGCCAAACCAGUCAGCCACCGCAACUACCUGGACCCCGAUUUGGAAAAAGCCAUCAAUGAAGUUCUCAGCUUUAAGCCCAUUAAGUUCAAGCGCCGCAGUCUGGAGGACACUGAUGAAGAGAAGGGAGGAGCAGGAGAAGAGGAGGAUGACCGGAAGAGCAUACGCAGUGUGAAGAGCUCCCUGCAAUAUGAUGAUGAUGAUGAUGAUGAUGAUAUUGAUCUGCACCGAAGCACAUCUAGACUUCAGCGUUCGGCUUCUGGGUCAGCACUGGACUAUACCCGCUCCUCCAGCAGUUUCAGCUCUCGCAGCAGAAGCAGCAGCCGCAAAGCCAAGAAGAAGAAGAAUCGAGACUCUGAAUCAGAGAGCUCGUCGGCUGACGAACGCAAAAAGGGCUCCAAGAAGAAAGGGAAAAAAGGGUCCAGGAAAGGAAAGAAGAAGGAAAGCAAGCCAGAGUCGUCUGAAUCGGACUCAUCCGAAUCGUCCGACUCGUCUUCCAGCUCCUGUUCUGCCGUGUCCUAUCGGAGUUCCAACAGCAUAAAGAAGGGCCCGGGGCGAGGUGCAAAAGGAUCUGAUGAGGAAGCAGGGCUGGAUGGUCUUGCAGAAGACAGACCACCGAGCAAGAAAGAAGAGAGGAAGAAGAAAAAGAAAAUGGACAACCUGGUGAUGAAGUAUCUUUACAAGCCUGAUAGUGAUUAAAUCCGGAGGUGCAGCAGCUCCUCUUCCUUGAGGAGAAACCUGAGCCGGACCGAUGAAGAGAUCGGUGAGGAGGAGAAAGAUCUCCAGCAGAGCAUCGUUGCCGAUGGAGACGGCGAAACCAGACUUUCAGAGACCACAGCGUAGAUCCGAACCAUC